AAGGGAGUGGUAAAUGCACCCCCUUGACGUUCUCGGUGUUUGGGUCUUGCCUGUGACGGUGGGAAAAGAAAAUGGCCUUGCUGUGCUACAACCGGGGCUGCGGUCAGCGCUUCGAUCGGACCAAUUCCGAUGACGCUUGCACAUGCCACCCAGGUGUUCCAAUCUUUCACGAUGCAUUAAAGGGUUGGUCUUGAUGUAAGAGAAGAACAACUGAUUUGUCUGAUUUCUUAAGCAUUGUAGGCUGUGCAAAACGUAGACAUAAUAGUGAGAAGCCGCCUGAGCCAGUCAAACCUGAAGUCAAGACUACUGAAAAGAAAGAACUACCUGAAUUGAAACCCAAAUUUCAGGAACACAUCAUUCAAGCCCCGAAGCCAGUAGAAGCAAUAAAAAGGCCAAGCCCGGAUGGACCAAUGACAAAUUUGGAAUUAAAAAUAUCUGCCUCCCCAAAACAAGCACCUGAUAAACUUAAACUGUCAUCAGGAAAUGAAGAAGAUAAGAAAAGAAAGAAGACUGAUGAAAUUAAGAUUGGGAUUUCAUGUAAGAAUGGAGGGUGUUCAAAGACAUAUCGGGGUCUAGAGAGUCUAGAAGAAGUCUGUGUGUAUCAUUCUGGAGUACCUAUUUUCCACGAGGGGAUGAAAUACUGGAGCUGUUGUAGAAGAAAAACUUCUGAUUUUAAUACAUUCUUAGCCCAAAAGGGCUGUACAACAGGGAAACAUAUGUGGGCUAAAAUGGAUGCUGGGGAAAAUGUUGUUCCAUGUAGACAUGACUGGCAUCAGACUGAAGGUGAAGUUACCAUUUCAGUAUAUGCUAAAAAUUCACUUCCAGAACUUAGUCGAGUAGAAGUACAUAGCACGUUGUUAAAUGUGCACAUUGGAUUUGAAGGAGAGAAGGAAUUUCAUCAAAAUGUGAAAUUACAGGAUGUGACUGAUGUAAAGCAAAUUUAUGUAACUAUGACUGCAACAAAGAUUGAGAUCACUAUAAGAAAAGCUGAACCUAUGCAAUGGGCAAGCCUUGAACUGCCUGCAGUCAAAAAGCAGCAAAAACAAAAAGACAACAAAACAGAUUGGGCGGGACAUGGGAGGAAGGCUAUUACAUAUUUCAGAAAUCUUAAUACUGUGUGAAGUGGUGGCUUGCUGCUGUCAUCUUUUGUUUUGUUGUUGUGUUACUCAAUCUGGCAUUUCAGGGUUAACAUUAGGUUCUUAAAAAUGCCAAAGUCAGUUUAUCUUUUUGAACCUCUCAUCUUUCUUUUGUGUUAUGUACGAUUGAUUAUUCAUUUCUCCUUACUGGUAGGAACCAUAGUUGUGUCCCGUACUUGAAGAAGCUAGAAAAUAGCCCACAACCAU